AUUUUAAAUCAUCUGGGAAAGAUGGCUGAACUUGAAGAAAAUGUGAAAACAACAGAAGUUACAGAGAAUGAACCUGAUUCUCACACAACUGCCUAUGAAGAAGAAAAACUUGACAUAAAAAGGAAUCUAACAGAGGAAGAUCAGAGAAAUAGCCAAGAUGGACAAAUGAGGCUUACUGUAGAGGAACUGAACCAGGAUCAAGCUGAGUUACAGAAAGAAAACACAUUAGAGCAAGAUCUGACAGAAAAUGGUGUAAAAGAAGAAGAGAUUACAAUAGAUAUGGUCGAAAAGAAUGGAAGUCAAAGUGAGAAGGACGAGAAACCAGAUGAAAAUAAUAUAAAAAAGGAUGAGAUGAUAAAAAGAGAAUUUGAAAAGAAGAAAAGUCAUGUAGAGGACGGAAACCAAGAUCAAAGUGAAAGUGAAAAACUCAAAGAGUGUUUGGAGCCGUGCAUUAAAAUAAAUGAAAGAGAUGAGAAAGAUGAAGACAAGGUGAAGGAACACCAAGAAAAGAGUCACAAACAAGACAAAGAUACUAAAGGACCUGAAGAAAACAAAAAUGAGCUAACGGGUAAUACUUUAGCAAAAUGUGAAACAAAUAUAAAACUGCUAGAUAAGAAUGCAUGUCAAGGUGAGAAGAAUGAUGAAUCAGAAGUAAAUAAUAUCAAAGAAGAUGGACCAAAUGUGGAAUUUGAAACAAAGAAAAGUCAUGUAGAGGACGGAAACCAAAAUCAAAGUGAAGCUGAAAAACCCAAAGAAUGUUUGGAGCCAUGUCUAUCAAAUGAAGAAAGAGACGAGCGAGGUGAAGACCAGGUGGAGAAACCUAUAGAAAAGAGUCAUGAACAGAACCAAGAUACUAGAGAACCUGAAGGAAAUAAAAAUGACCUAACAGGUAAUAGUUUAGCAGAAGGUGAGACAAACAUAAAACUGCUAGAUAAUAAUGCAGGUCAAGGUGAGAAGAAUGAUGAAUCAGAAGUAAAUAAUAUAAAAGAAGAUGGAACUGAUGUGGAGUUUGAAAAGAAAAAAAGUCAAGAUGAGAAGGAGAAAACCAGAAAACUAAGACAACAAAGCAGUGAAGUAAAGAAGGAUAGUAUUGAGGAUGGAGAAAUUAACACCAUGCCUGAGGAAAAGGAAACACGUCAAAACAGAAAUGACAAUGACCAAGAAGAGAAGUCAACAACACGGUGGAUAAAACUUCCCUCGUGGAGAGUAAGGUACUUCACCUUCCAGACUGGCAACACUCGAGAUUCCCACAAGAAAUUUUUAAAAACACUCCAUAAAAAGAAUUUCAGACUCAAACAAGCAGAUAAAGCAAGGAGUGGCAAAUUCUGCCUUGUUUUCUGCCCUGUGGUUUCCCGAGCAGGAACUGAUAUUGAAGCUGCUCUGCAUCAGCUAAAGGAAAUAUCAGAUACCAAACCAGCAAUUCUAGUGGUUCUCCACCAUACAAUUGAUCAAGAGUGUAUUGUACCAGACAGCAGCAGAGCUGUACAAAGAGAGAACAUGAUCGCAGUUGACUGCGUAUUUCAUGAGGAUCACGGAUUAUAUAAAUGCUCAAAGAACAAGGAAGCAGUGAAAAAAGUUGCUAAAUGGCUAAAAACAAAACCAUGGAGAAAUGUUGUGGUAAAAGUGAGGUAAAGUUCAAUUGUGCACUGCAUUUAAAGCUGCACUGAAGUAUACGUAAUAUACUAUAAGUCAUAAGUUAAUUCAAAUUAAAUUUAAUUAGCUUCAAAAUGUAAAGACCAGUGGUGAAAAAUGUGUUUUAUAUAUUUAUGAAAAAUAUACUUUUUAUAUAUCCGAGAUACAUAAUAAAUGCAUCUUUACAGAAACAAUCAUUAUAUUAACAAACAUACAGAUUUUUAUUAAGUUAAAUUACAUCAUAAUUUAAUAUUAUAUAUAUAUAAUUAAGCUUGUCUUAUUGUUUAAUUAUAAUAUAAACUUGUCUUUGAUUUAAAUACUUUAAUACAGUAAAUGUUUGUGUUUAUAUGCAAACUUCAUAUGCUAUAUAGUUCACACUCCUGUUAUAGAGUGUACAGUAUGCCCUUUAUAAUUCUAAAUGUAUGCUUCUUUAUUAGAAUGCCAAUCAACCUGCAUUGCAUAAUUCAAAUAAAUUACUUGAUUAAACAAACUAUUUAAACUAGUAAUUUAUUGCAGGACAGUUUAAAUAUUAACUAUGAUUGUAAACAUCUGUUAUACUUUAUUUUACAGUUAUACUGUUUAUUGUCUAUCAUUGAUAAAGAAUGUGUAGUACAAAUUUAAACAAAUGUGCUGAUUUAAUAAACAUGGCUUUCUAAUGAAUACUCAUUAAAAAAGAACCACUGAGAAACUUCCACUGAAACCAAUGACUUGACCAAUGGCAUGUUUGAAUUUUUAAGUUUUAAGAAAUAGGCAUAAAAAUGUUUGCUUCCAUUCCAUUAAAUUUACAAUAAAUGAA